AUGCAAAAGGUACUGUGUGGGGUCUGUCUCGAGCCGUUUACCCCGUCAGACCCGCCGCUGACUUGCGAAGCCUGUGGCCUCGUGGUACACGCGCCAUGCUACGGCUAUCCGGCGUUCCCCUUCCCAGGGAGAUCAGUACCAAGCGUUUCUCAACACGUGCAUCCAACCAACGAAAACCCACAGAAACGGCACCGGAAGGUCCAUCGUAGCCCUCUCGUAGACCAGACACCGAUAACGGGGGGAAGCUGCACGAAACCGGCUUGGCUCGGACUCGCGUGGAACUGCGCGGUCUGCUGGGACACUCGACGUUCUACAGCGGAACCGUCAUCGGUUGAUGCAGUGUUUCCGGACAACUACCAGGAUGCACGCACGGAAAAUAACUGCGAUCUGGAAUUUUCCAGUAGCCCCGUUGAUUCACGAAAGAAAAGGGACCCGUCGACUGCUGUUGGUCCAGGCGUCGGUACGCACGGCGAAUCGCCCCGGUGUCUCGCUGAGCCUCCAUUUGAGUGUGUAUUGUGUCCGAUACGUGACUAUAGACUAGCGAUGAAACCUAUCAUCGAAGCAAACGCUCUGAACGCUGCAAGCGAGCUACCGCAUGUUGAGCGCUACGUUCACGUUAUCUGUGCCUUGGCGGAUCCGCGAUUAGAGCCUACGGAGCCGUGGGAAUGCCUCGAUGCAUUUCGGUGCUGCCAGGACGCAGUCAAGAGCGAAGACAGAGCCUCACUCGGGAAGGAGACCUCAACGGCCGAGGGGAUUGCGCUAUCCGCGCACACACCGCAGCAUGUGUCGCGGCAAGUGCUGGACGAGACACCUAACCACGACUCGUGCUUGAGCAAGCAAUGUACGCUUUGUGAAACAGCGGGAGGACUUCGGUUCUGCUGCUGGGUACCGUUGCAGAAAAACUCCGAACCAGACGAUGAUCACCACGUUCCUUGCCCGGUUGUGUUUCAUCCCAUGUGUGCACUGCUGGCAGGCUGGUGGCGUCCAGAGCCGCGAUUCGUUUCCCGCGGUCGUUUGCGUGUCUCUUGCCCCAGGCAUGCAAUUUUUGAGCAACGGACACCAGUUCCCUGGAUGCGGGGAUACCCAUCGACCCCAAAACCUGGUGAUGAACAUCAUCUGGCAGCAUUCCGGGAUCUCGUCGAGAGCUUGUACGUGCCAGCGGCUUCCAGCAUGGACACGCGUACGCUCCUGCACAGCAUUCAGGUGCACAUGCUACCGCAGCCAUUCGCCUGCUUGCAGGCUGCGAUGACAGAGUCCAGCACGUCGCCUCUCACAUCCGAGACCCAGUCCAGGAUUCGAAAAGUCCUGCUUCCAUACACAGACCAAAUGCAAGUCGCCAUUAUUUUGCAAAUUGCUGAAGAUCUCGGUCUUGAGCCGCGCAUCACGCUUCGAUUCCUCGCAAGUCACAUGAAGACUCCAGAGCUUCUGCAGUGGCUUUUAUUGGAUCCCGCUGUCUUGGCGUUGCACGCAUCGGACGCGACGUCAUCGUCGUCGACGUCGACGGCGUCACAGUCUCGCCAAGAACGUCCCGUGCGAGCGCAUCAGUCUCCAGAGACUUUGAUGACACCCGCACCUCUUGAGGAUAUGUAUCUACGGAUCUGGGCGCGGUUGUAUCACUGGGAACCGCGCGAACCCUUUCCGCAACAUUGUGGCUGGGUCCGGACCCUGCAGCGCCCUCUUUAUUCUGAAGCGCAGCUGCUUCUAGAGCGCGUCCGUCCAGAGCAGUAA